GAACNUCGCGCUGUGCUAAAUUUGUCAAGGCACGGAAUGCGACUGGAUAUAAACACCAAGAAAGGAACUCCAGUUGCUGGUUUGGGUGGGGGCAAGUUUUUGAGACUACUGAGAAACGAGUUCAAAGGGAUUUUGAAUGAAGCAUCAACAGAGUGCGAUGGGCAGAAAAAUGUGACCGGGCUUGACAUGUUCAUUUCUGCAGUGAACGGGACUGUGUGCGACUUUCAACAAAUUUUAGAGAAAUCAGGGGGUCAAGGGAUUAGAGAUGGCAACUCUGCUGAUUCCUCUGGUUUGACUGCGUUGCAUCAUGCUGCAAGAACGCAUGACAGACUCGAAAUUUUGGCCGCAUUGUUGCGAAAAGGUGCAAACAUUGAUGCAACUGACAAAGAUGGAAAAACGCCCUUGAUGCACGCAGUAGAAGCAAAUAAUGAACAAGGAGUUCUAUUUCUUCUCAAUAACAAUGCAAAUAUAAAUUUGUCUGACAACACCGGCUUGACCGCAUUGAGCAUCGCACUCAAGUCGUCAGCGACAUCUAUUUAUUUGGCAGAUAUCCUGCGGAGCUUCGGUGCCAAAUUCGGCCCCUUCUGUUCAAAAUUCCCAGAGGAUAUCAACGCACAUCUACCAUCUGGUUGGACCCUGUUGCACAACGCGGCUCAAAUCUACAACAAUAUUGACGCAGUGAAGGAAUUGCUGAUGUGUGGCGCUGAUCCGAUGAAAGAAAGUUCUUGCUGCGGUAAAGCGGUUGCCUUGCACGAGGCGGCGUAUUUGACAACUCCGGAACUGGUAGAGGAAUUCAUUUUGAGAGGAACUGAUCCGGAUAUCCGAAAGUCUGACAUUUUAGACAGCGGUCCGAUUCAUCUGGCCUUCUAUUCCAGACGCAACAAGCCUUUGUUGAAAGUGCUCGAAAUUUUGCUGGCAUUCGGCGUGAGCGUGAAUUCGCGCGACAAAGUCGACAGCGGUCCGAUUCAUCUGGCCUUCUAUUCCAGACGCAACAAGCCUUUGUUGAAAGUGCUCGAAAUUUUGCUGGAAUUCGGCGUGAGCGUGAAUUCGCGGGACAAAGUCGGUGAUACUCCGCUGAGUUACGCGAGGAGAUUCGGAAAAGGAGAGGAGAUCGCACGGAAUGCGACUGGAUAUAAACACCAAGAAAGGAACUCCAGUAACAUGUUCAUUUCUGCAGUGAACGGGACUGUGUGCGACUUUCAACAAAUUUUAGAGAAAUCAGGGGGUCAAGGGAUUAGAGAUGGCAACUCUGCUGAUUCCUCUGGUUUGACUGCGUUGCAUCAUGCAGCAAGAACACAUGACAGACUCGAAAUUUUGGCCGCAUUGUUGCGAAAAGGUGCAAACAUUGAUGCAACUGACAAAGAUGGAAAAACGCCCUUGAUGCACGCAGUAGAAGCAAAUAAUGAACAAGGAGUUCUAUUUCUUCUCAAUAACAAUGCAAAUAUAAAUUUGUCUGACAACACCGGCUUGACCGCAUUGAGCAUCGCACUCAAGUCGUCAGCGACAUCUAUUUAUUUGGCAGAUAUCCUGCGGAGCUUCGGUGCCAAAUUCGGCCCCUUCUGUUCAAAAUUCCCAGAGGAUAUCAACGCACAUCUACCAUCUGGUUGGACCCUGUUGCACAACGCGGCUCAAAUCUACAACAACAUUGACGCAGUGAAGGAAUUGCUGAUGUGUGGCGCUGAUCCGAUGAAAGAAAGUUCUUGCUGCGGUAAAGCGGUUGCCUUGCACGAGGCGGCGUAUUUGACAACUCCGGAACUGGUAGAGGAAUUCAUUUUGAGAGGAACUGAUCCGGAUAUCCGAAAGUCUGACAUUUUAGACAGCGGUCCGAUUCAUCUGGCCUUCUAUUCCAGACGCAACAAGCCUUUGUUGAAAGUGCUCGAAAUUUUGCUGGAAUUCGGCGUGAGCGUGAAUUCGCGCGACAAAGUCGGUGAUACUCCGCUGAGUUACGCGAGGAGAUUCGGAAAAGGAGAGGAGAUCGUGAAUUUUCUGACCGCGAACGGCGCCCAUGAAUGAAGUUACGCGGUUCACUUGUGUAACUUGAGUUGUGUUUUCAACCAUUUUUUUCAUCAACAAAAAGAUUUCUGCGCACGGACUUGGACUCAUAUUCGUAUUAAAAAUGUGAUAACUGUCGGAUUUAAAGCAAAUCUUUCAGUUUAUAAAAAUACCCUCUGCUGAU